AUGGCUCAAUUCACGACAACAUCUGUUUCUUAUCCGCUAGCAAAAUACUCGCGUUCAUAUCCUACGAGCUCGUCGUUGAACUCUCAGAACCCUGCAACAGAUGCAGAAUGGCAACAUUUCGUUCACCCCGUUAUUAACCUCUAUCUGGACGCGAAGAAAUCUUCCGCAGGAGAUCUUGUCUCUGUCCGCUUUCGAGUUGUAUGGAAUUUCGACAGCAACACUAAUAGCUUGGGCGUCGAUCAGAGAGAGAUUAUCCUCGAGGAUCUUGAUUUACUCUCCUUCUCAUCGAUCUCAAACUCGAGGACAAAUUCUGGGCAACCCGACCAUGGCCUUCCUCUCAGAGCUGUCUAUCGGGAUGCUGUUGUCGGAAUUCGGUAUCUGCACUCGAAAACAGCAGACUCGACCUCCCAGCCAGUAUAUCGCCGCAUUCAGAUCACAUUUACCACUGCAACGAGCGCGGCUCAGUUCAUCGAUGCUGUACGACCUGUUUGUCCUUGUAGAUUGAAUCCACAGCCGCAGCCUCCGGUCCCUCGCAUCCCUACUGUAGCCACGACAGGCCUUCUUGACGACAUUUCCCGCCGAGGUACUAUAUUCCCGUCUGUUUCACAAGCUCGGCCAUCAAUGGGCGAAACUCCCCUCAGACCAGUGUCGGCUGCACUUCCUUCAGGAAAUCCAUCAUCCAAAUCCAAUGUACCAACCUUCGCACCAUCGACGCCGAUUAGGUUUACACCUGUGUCUCUGAGCAGUAGUUCUACGAAAACGACAUCCGUGGCUGCACCCUCUCAUGACAGUACCUUCAUGGCACCUCCAGAAACACCUCGGAUGACCAUCCCACAGUCUAGCCAAUGCCAAGCACCGUCUGGCUCUAUCAGCUCCACCAAAGGCUCUUUACCUGAUUCUUCCCAGCCAUCCUCGUCUACUCGCAGUACUAGUUCAAACACGAUGCCACCGCCUCCACUGCCACCGAGCGUCACACGAUCUCUUCAGUCGGAAAACCGAUCAUUAGAAAGUCACAAUUCAACUCGGACCCAGCUUGUUGCAUCACUGCACGACACUCCGGCCCUCCACAAGCUAUCCCAUGCAGAGCUAGAAUCCAUCGUAGCCCAAGUCAUCAGAGAGGAAGGUUUUGUCCAACUGCUUGCUUCCUUGGACACCAUGUGGAGAGUGAAGGGUUUACUUGGUCAAUAA